GUGAGACGUCUUCGGUUCGGAUACUUCAGAUUCGUGCGAUCUGAUGUUGAUGUUGUUUUUGGUUUGUUUUUGCUUAUUUGAUAAGGAUUUACAUUACGUUAACCAUCAGGAGAGUAAAGUCGCGAAAUUUAAUUGCGUGAAUCGUGAACAGCUAGUAAGUACUGUUGAGUGUUGAACUGUGGAAAAUGUCGAAAAUAUACAAUGGCCUGGUUAAUACAGCUGAUCGCUUUGUACCGAACUCAAUGAGACCUCUCUGGAAUCACGCAGCGGGUCCGAAAACUGUUUUCUUUUGGGCUCCUGUUUUUAAAUGGGGUCUAGUCAUAGCUGGUUUGAGUGAUCUCCGUCGUCCAGCUGAUCAGCUAUCCGUGUCUCAAUCUGCUUCGCUGGCUGCCACUGGUUUGAUAUGGUCUAGAUAUUCACUAGUUAUUAUUCCGAAAAACUAUGGACUAUUCUCCGUGAAUGUGUUUGUUGCUUUAACUCAGUUGGCUCAGUUAUACCGUGCUUGGGAUUACUCUAGGAAAAACCCAACCCCAAUAGAAAAAUAAUCAAUCUUUUGAGAGUUCUACAAAAACCAAAUUGAGAGGAUCAGAAACCACAUGGAGCAAAUUUUUCUACAAAAGUGUUAUAUUUAAAUGUUUGUUGGCUUCGUCGAAACGCAAGAGUGAUGGAAAAAUAAAGGAAACGGGUUAUCUUAUCGAAUUUUAUUGCAAGGGGUUAAAAUAUUCUGUACAAACUACAAUGCAUUGUGCAAAUAUAAAUUGAGAGAAGUUUAA